AUGGCGCGUGAAGAGGGUUUCGACAAUAUUGGCCGCAUCCGUCGCUUCAAUGGCGCUGAAUAUCGUCUUCAGCGAAUCGGCGACCCUUCGAAUCUUCACAAGCUUCCCUCAAUUCCUGCCGGUUUCACCUCCAUCAAAUACCAUCCAACGUUUAAGCCAUACGGCUCAAAACGGCAGGCGAACCGCGAAUUCGGGCGGAUGAAGCUGGCCCUGCAAGAGGCAAUGGAUGAGGCAGAACGCGAGGAUAGUCUGGUGGAUUUCCCGAAGGAGAUGACCACCCUUCCCGAAUAUACAGAACAUAUCGUCGUGCCGGAAGUGUCGAUCCACGCCCAGCAUUCCAUCAAUAGCAUCAAGAAAAUCGUCCAAAAAAUUGUGGAGCAGGGACGAGCGACGAACGAUACGGACGAGGCGGAAGAUACGGACACGCCGCUCACCACCGAGGCGUAUUCCCUGAUGGCGAUCGACGUCACCAAGCGGCUGCAGCACAUUCUCACCAAGGCCAAGCAGUACACCCUACACGGACGUCGUAAUCGAUUGUCAGUGAAUGAUGUUUUGAUUGCUUGUAAGGAUAGUGGCCUUCAGAUGGGCCUCCGUCGUAAUGUGGGUGAUGCGCUGAAAGAUUUUGAUCGAGGCGCCAAGAUGCUCGAUAUAUCCAAUGUGCUGAACCAUCCACUGGCCCCUCUACCCGCCCCGCAAAAGAUCCACGUCCACUGGCUGGCCAUCGAUGGGGUCGUGCCCGACAUUCCCGAAAAUCGCCCACCACCCGGCCAAAAAGCUGCUACGUCGUCUCGGAAGCCUGAAAGCCCGCUUGAAGACUUGCUGCUCGAAGAACGGGAGGAGAGGAACAAGGAGCACCAACAACCCGCCGUACCGGAUGAGCUCGGCCUCAGCCACGUGAAUUCGGCUUGCAAUGCCUUCCGCAGCGCCCUCAAGUGUUGCCCGAAAAGCGAGCAGAUCGGCGUCACUUCGCGCAAGUCUUCCACCCUAUCCGUGGAGUACGAGAGCUACGUGUGCCGUCUAUUGGAGGGUUGCGUAGGCACGGACGAGAUGGAGAGGAAGGCUGGAAUGGAAGCAAUUGGCACGGACACGAAUCUACAGCCCGCUGUCGCGCACAUUGUCGCAUUCAUUCACGAUGGGAUUCGAGUGAAUUUGGUGUUGAACUUCGUGGAGUUGCUGUACACGCUGAUCUCGAUGAUUCGACAGUUGGUGCACAAUCACAGCAUCGAUCUAUUGCCCCAGCUUCACAAACUACUCCCGUCAACAAUCUCGUGCUGUCUCUACAGUCAUGCGGGCAAUGGAAAGGAUGAUGAUGAUUGGAUGUUGUUGAGGGAAUAUUCUGCAGCUACUCUCGCCCUCAUUGUCCAGAAAUAUUCCCCAAUGCUGCCGUCAAUUCGUGUGCGUCCAAUUGCCGUUCUCGUCAAACAUUUCAACGACACCUCAGCCAGUCUCUCUACUCUCUAUGGGGCCCUUCUGGCUAUUUUGGGAUGUGUCGAGACGGAUGAACAGCUCUCCCCGAUCCGCGAUCGUUUCUUUGCCCUGAUGGAUGAAUGCGAGCAGAUGGGCCCCGAUCAUCAGCGAUACAACGACGCAGCCCAUCUCCUCCCAGCCCUUAUUACUGCGAAGAAGCGUUUCGUCGACCCAUUCGACGCGCAGGUGGAGGAGGACAUCGAGCUCGAGCCGGUCGCCUCGCAAAUUGUCGAA